AUGCGGAUAUCUUCCGCCCUCUACUCCUCCGCUGCCCUCCUCUCCUCUGGCCUCGCCUCCGCCCGCGGCUUCGACUGCCAACACAUUAAUGUCGGCGGAUAUAAAUAUGACCUCAAGCCUCUGGGCGGAGUCCACACUCUAUACCAUGUCAAUGAGACGGACAACUACGUGGUCAACACCACGUAUGUGAUGAAUAUUUGUGGGAUCUUGAAGGGCGCGGCGAACCGGGAUGGGAUGAAAUGUGGUACUUCGAAGAAUAUCUGCGGCUUCGAAUACAAACACGCCCCCGACGGCUCCGAAUCCAAACACCCCUUCCCGAUCGUCGGUCUCGACCCCGUCGGCCACGGCUCCAAAGAGACGGAGAUCACGCGCCUCAAGACCGACGACUCCGACCAGGAGGGUCUCCGCGUGAGGCUGUCCGGCGGCAGCUACGAGAACGAGGACGGCAAGAAGAAGAGCGCCGGCGCCGUCAUCGAGUUCCAGUGCGAUCCCGACCGGUCGGGAUUAGAAGGUCUGACGCCCCAGGCGGACGACGGGCCCGAGGACGAUGCAAAGCAGCGUCGCGACGAGGAUCGUCGCAGUCUGCAGUUCAAGAGCUUCGGGCUUGUUGAUGAUGAUUCGUAUGUGUUGCGUCUGGACUGGCGGACACGGUAUGCGUGCGAUAACUACGUCGAUGAUCAUAAGGGGGAUUCGUCGAGUCAUUGGGGGUUUUUUACUUGGUUGAUUAUUAUUCUCUUCCUUUGCAUCGCCGCCUACCUCAUCUUCGGCUCCUGGCUGAACUACAACCGCUACGGAGCUCGUGGCUGGGACUUGCUCCCUCACGGCGACACUCUCCGUGACGUUCCCUACAUCUUCCAGGACUGGCUUAAACGGGUGAUUAACACGUUGCAAGGGUCUGGUUCCAGAGGAGGAUACAGUGCGGUGUAG